AACUGAUUCAGCCUUCCCACUCCAGGCAAGCUCCGGGCAACGCGUUCAGGGAAGCUCCGUUGACGACAGAGCUCAAGGGCAGCGCAUCCGCCUUGACCUCCGCAAUCCCACCAUCACCACCCGCCAGCUUGCAACGCCCACAACCAGCUAUCGACAAGCUCCCAUACCCUCAUCCCCCGCCAGCCCAAGAUGUCCGGGAGCGCAGGAUACGACAGGCACAUUACUAUCUUCUCCGAUCGGGGUAGACUGUACCAAGUCGAGUAUGCAUUCAAGGCCAUCACCGCCGCCAACAUCAUGGCAGUAGGCGUCCGCGGCAAGGACUGCGCCGUUGUCCUGUCGCAAAAGAAGGUGCCCGACAAGCUCAUUGACCCCUCCUCGGUGUCGCACCUCUUCCAAAUCUCGCCCAGGGUUGGUUGUGUUAUCACCGGCUCCAUAGCAGACGCCAGGGCCUUUGCCCAGCGCGCCCAAGGCGAGGCCGCCGAAUUCCGCUACAAGUACGGUUACGAAAUGCCGUGUGACGCUCUGGCCAAAAGGCUGGCCAAUAUCAGCCAGGUCUACACCCAGAGGGCGUAUAUGCGCCCAUACGGCAUCGCUACAACACUGAUCUCGCUGGAUGAGGAGUACGGACCACAGCUGUUCAAAUGCGACCCCGCGGGCUACUAUAUCGGCUACAAGGGAACGGCAGCAGGCCCCAAGCAGCAGGAGGCGCUGAACCACCUUGAGAAGAAGCUCAAAAACAAGGAUCACGCCGAGGGCAGCUGGGAAGAGGUGGUGGAGUUGGCCAUCACCACGCUCAGCACGGUGCUCAGCAUCGACUUCAAAAAGACGGAGAUCGAGAUCGGCAUCGUUGGCGGUCCACGGGCGGAUGGCAAGGAGGGCACCGACCCCAACUUCAGGAAGCUGACCGAGGAGGAGAUCGACGAGCGGUUACAGGCUAUUGCUGAGAAGGACUGAGCGGGUUUGAAUGAGGGUCAGUGGAGGAACCAGACCGGUGUGAUGCAAGCACAAGUGCUGGGUUCCCCAGCCGGACGCAAUAGAAGGGCCGACGCCACCGGUGUAGGGCCGCGAAGUCAUGAUUACAGCCUGGCAGCCUCUGGAUCGGGUCGAGCUGCCAUCAGGCCGCUUGAGAUCAUCUUCGGGGCGAAGGUUUCGAGGAUUAUGCAAGGCAGAUCAGGGAGGAGUCAACAGGCCACCUGUCCCCUCUUCGCUAGUAUCGCCAAUGAUCUCGCCAAGUGUACAUGGUUUAUCUUGCUAUAAUCGAUCUUCAGCAAUCUUUGGACUCUCAUGCUCUGUCUGACUACUUGAGUUCAUCGCGAUCGAC